AUGAAUGCAAAAGAGUGGAUGAAGUCCAUAAUAAGAGGCUUUAUGUGUCUCUCUGGGAUCAUUGGCAACCACUGGCUGGGUUUUCGCUCUCUGCCGAAAUCCAGAUCUCAACUCCGAACUAACGACAUCCUGUUUGUCAACCUGGCUUUAUCCAAUCUAAUCACAAACUACUUAGUGGACCUGCCGGACACCCUGGACUUUGUAAACCGUUGGCGCAUGGGCAAGAUGUAUUGUGGUGCUUUCAAUUUUUGCUCAAACCUCUCAGAGACCAGCAGCAUUUUCACCACCCUGUUCAUCACCGUUUUCUGGCAUCAGAAGCUUGUGGGCUCUCUAAAACGUGGAGGGGCUCCCGCGCAGAUGGACAAUGUACGCCUUGUUGCAGCAUUGCUGGUAGGGAGCUGGAUUGCAGCUGUUGUGUUCAGCCUUCCACAGUUUUUCUUUGUCUCUGUGACCAUGUGGAAUGAGAGCCUUGUAAACUGCGUAGAAUAUUUUCCCUCUCAAGAAGCCAGGCAAAUCUACGAGACGCUGUACCUUACACUGGCAAACGUGGUUCCAAUUGUUGGGAUAGUGGUUGCAAGCAUACAGAUCGCAGCUACACUACUGCAAAACCAAAAGCGCAUCAAGAACACCACCAGAGCAGGAACCAGAGGAGGUAACCCUCUUGUUGCUGAAGACCAAAGAAGAGCUGCAGGAAGAAAUGCAAUGACAAGCACUACAAACCCAACUCCUCCAGAAUUCUCAAGCAAAAUUAUAACAUCCAACAUCCCCAACCAUGAACAAACGGUCCGAAAGUCACAAGACAGAUCUUUCACAUCUGCAGGGAAUCAGGUGAGGGCUGCCAAGAGUGUGGUAGCGGUGGCCACUCUUUUCCUGAUCUGCUGGCUAAUUCACCUCUUGCUCAGCAUAACUAGCACUGUUUUUCAGUCCACUGUAGUAGAUGAAAUGACCAGCUACAUAGGUGCAGUUUAUACCUGUAUCAUCCCUUACAUUUACCUACAUGGGGUGAAGAAGUUGAACUGCUCAUCCAGAGAUUAA